ACAACCUGAUCUCAGCUUUGAGAAACACUGUAGAAAACACACUUGAUCCAAUUAACCAAUCGGCAAGCAAACGAAACGUCACUUUGUGUUUCUCAUUCCUUGGGGGAGCGGCGUAUUAUUUUCGGUAUUCAGACAAAAACCAAAUUGUCUUGUGUUCUAGAAGGAGCCAUUGAGUCAUCGCGCCUAUCAAUUUCCAAAUCGUUUAACAGCUGCACCUCAGCAACGUGGAACUACAAAAAUGGAUCAAUUGCUACAAAGUAAUUUGGUGAAUGCUGCAGUGCAGAUAGAAAGGCAAUUGGACGACGAAAUCGACAAAUUGGACAAUCUGAAUAUCGACGACAUUCAUGCGUUGCGGGAGAGACGUUUGAAGGAACUCAAGGAGGGUGCGAAGAAGAAACAAGAAUGGUUGGCGAACGGUCACGGCUCCUACUCUGAACUUCCCGACGAGAAAGAGUUCUUUGAAAUGUCCAAGAAGUCGGCGAAUAUUGUGUGCCACUUCUACCGCGACAGCGCCGAGCGCUGCAAGAUAGUCGACAAACAUUUGAAAAUUCUGGCACCGAAGCACGUUGAGGCGAGAUUCUGCAAAAUAAACGCAGAAAAGUGUCCCUUCCUGACGCAGCGCCUGCGAAUCAAGGUGAUCCCCACCAUAGCGCUGAUAAAGGACAGUCACACGAAGGACUACAUCGUCGGAUUCACUGACCUCGGCAACCGAGAUGACUUCUCCACGGAUAUGAUGGAAUGGAGGAUAGCACAGUCGGGGGCGAUUGAGUACAGCGGCGAUCUUCUGACGCCGCCGGACCAGAGGCCAGCCCACAAGACAACGCACCUCAAGAAGAAAACCAUUCGCGGCGGGGGGUAUGGCUCCGAUGACUCGGAUGUGGAGUAACGUCCAAGGCGUAGUAGGCACUCGCCGAAAUCACGCUAGAAUAUUAGAAUUAACAAAUUACUACUGAAAUCCACUCAUUAAAGCCUUGUUUGUAAGAAUUUCUUUUAUACUCUAUUUAACGCUAGAUGCAAAAUUAUUUUAAUAUAUUUCAAAUACGUACGAAG